AUGGAGCCGGGGAGCGCAGGGGCUGAGCCCCCCCCGGGCUGGUACCUCAGGGAUGAAGGCAGCGGGACCCUCUACAAGCGGGGACGGCUCCUGGGAGAGGGCACCUUCGGCCGCUGCUACCAGGUGACAGAGGUGACAAGUGGCCGGCGCUACGCGGCGAAGGUGAUCCCGAGAGCCCGGCUGGCUGCCGCGGGCGUGGGGGACAGGUCCCCGCGGGCUCAGUGCCGGGGGUCCCCGAGGGUCCCUGAGGGUCCCCCCGGGGCUGCCGGGCUGCUGUCGGUGCAGGUGGAGCGGGAGCGGGAGCUGCAGUGUCGCCUGCGCCACCCGCACAUCGUGCGCCUGCACGGGCACUUCGCCGACGGCGGGCACCUCUACCUGCUGCUGGAGCUGUGCAGCCGGGGGUCCCUCGCCGCCAUCCUGCGGGCGCGGGGCCGCCUGACGGAGCCCGAGGUUCGCUAUUACCUGCGGCAGCUGCUCUCGGCCCUGCGCUACCUGCACGGCCACGGCCUCGUGCACCGGGACCUCAAACCGAGUAACUUCUUGGUGACGGAGAGGAUGCGGGUGAAGAUCGGGGACCUGGGGCUGGCUCAGCGGGCGGCACCGCCCGGGCGGCGCUGGGGGGCGCUCUGUGGGACACCAGCGUACCUGGCCCCGGAGGUACACGGCGCUGACCGGGCACGCCCCGUUCCAGGCCCGCCACCGGCCGGAGCUGUUCCGGCGCAUCCGCAGCGCUCGGUACCCGCCGCCCCCGGGGCUCUCCGGCCCUGCCCGCGCCCUCAUCGCCCUCAUGCUGCAGCGGGAGCCCGCGGCACGGCCCGGCCCCGCACGGCUGCUGCAGCACCCCUUCCUCACACAGGGUUUCACACCCCACACGCUGCCACCCCGCGCCUGCCACUCCGUGCCCAUCUUCGUGGGACAGGAGCCCCUGUGCUGGAUGCUGCGGUGCUGUGUCCCUGUCACCCCUGCCCAAAGGAGCUGAGCCCCAACAUCUGCGGAGGAAAACCUUUAUUAGUGCUGGGAACCGUCUAA